AUGAGUACGGCGCCAGCCAAUGCUAGUCCCACAGUUGCACAGGAAACUACUGUUGAAUUUGAUACUACAGUAGCAGAAGAGGUCGAGGAAACUACUGAGAUUCCUCUCACAGACACCACUGCAUACAGUGAUGUCCCAAAAGAAACCACUGAUAGGGAAGGUCCAGUAACCACCGAUGUACCGGAAGGAACCACAGACAUAAUGGUCACUGAAAGCCGUGGCAUCAGCGAUGGGCCAGAAGGAACAACUGAUAUGGAGAUGUCGGAAAGUCCAGCGGUCUCUGACCCCUAUGAAGAAACCACAGGUGAGGCUUGUUCAAGACCGAUUUUUCAGUUGCCACAGAGCUGUACACAGACUUCUUGGUAA